CCCUUUCACACUUGAUUUAUUAAACUCCUUUGUAGUCUGUACUCUUUUUUAAUACUAGCAAAUGGCUUUAAAUUCCUACUUAAUCGAGUGCUAGACGAAAAAAGCGAAAACCAGGGCAAAACGACACUCAAAACACAUCCACAGAUCUAAGAUCCAAAAUCCAAAUGCCCAUUUCCAAUUUCUCCCUCUAAGUGUAAAUAGUAAUAACAAAUUUUUAGAAGAGAGUAGCAACCAACCAUGUCAAGGAGGCAAGUAAGUUCCACGCGCCGCUUUGUCGACAGCGGAAACUUUCCCUUCGCUGGAGCUUUACAUUCCAAAUCCCGAUCUUCUCCCAUUUUAUCCAUCGGUCUUGUCAUUGUGGGAGCAAUCCUUCUUAUUGGCUAUGCCUAUAGUGGCUCAGGUAAAUUCCGAGGUGAAGCAGUUAGUCGGAUUGAAGGUGACUAUUCAUGCACUCUAGAAGUUCAGAGGGCAAUACCUUAUUUAAAGAAGGCAUAUGGUGACAGCAUGCACAAGGUUUUGCAUGUAGGCCCUGAUACCUGUUCAGUGGUCUCUAAACUUUUGAAAGAAGAGGAAACAGAAGCCUGGGGUGUGGAACCAUAUGACAUAGAGGAUGCUGAAGCAAAUUGCAAGAGUCUUGUGCGCAAGGGCGUUGUACGUGUGGCAGAUAUCAAGUUCCCUCUUCCCUAUAGGCCAAAGUCGUUUUCUCUUGUUAUUGUGUCAGAUGCCCUUGAUUACUUGUCUCCAAAAUACCUGAACAAGACUCUUCCUGAGUUGGCAAGGGUGGCCUCUGAUGGUCUAGUUAUUUUUGCAGGUUACCCGGGUCAUCAGAGGGCUAAAGUGGCAGAAUUAUCCAAAUUUGGGCGGCCGGCCAAAAUGCGGAGUUCAUCUUGGUGGAUUCGCUUUUUUGUCCAGACUAGCUUAGAAGAAAAUGAAGCUGCCAUUAAGAAGUUUGAGCAGGCUGCAUCGAAGAAGUCAUUCCAGUCAGCUUGUCAAGUGUUCCACCUCAAUCCAUACCACUGAUAAAAGAGAAAUUCAUUAAGAUAAAAUUUUCAUUAAUUCUGUUUGUCAUGCAUUAGAAGGCGAAGUAAAAUAUCUUCAGCUCUCAUAUGAAAUAUAGCCAGUCGGGUAACUAAAUUUGGUUAAGAGAUGUUGUUGACAUCACCUAGUGUUGUGCCCUUAACAUUACAAAGUUGAUAUUUAUUAAUUUAAUUGAUAAGAAUUUUACUGUUAUUAGUUA